CAGUAUGCAUACACUAUGAUGUUUGCCAUUGAGGAGAUCAAUAAUAGCUCAGAACUGCUACCAGAUGUAACACUAGGCUACAGGAUCUUUGAUGCCUGCCCCAGUGUCCCUCUAUCCAUCAGAGCUUCACUAAAUCUGAUGAAUAGGUAUGAGAGGGGGGAAGGUGACUGUGACAAGCUCUCUACCGUGCAUGCUGUCAUAGGGGAAACCACAUCCACCUCUACCAUAGGUAUUGCACGUACCAUGGGACCCUUCCAUAUACCUGUGAUUAGUCAUUCAGCCACUUGUGCAUGUCUUAGUAACAGAAGAGAUUACCCGUCUUUCUUCAGAACAAUACCUAGUGACAUUUACCAGAGUAAAGCAUUAGCAAAGCUGGUGAAACACUUUGGCUGGAAGUGGGUGGGUGCUAUAAGAACUAACAGUGAUUAUGGAAACGGUGGCAUGGCAACAUUCCAGGAAGCAGCUGAGAAGGAAGGCAUAUGUGUUGAAUACUCAGUGGCAAUUUACAGAACCGACCCCAGGAAGUGGUUCUUAGAGGUGGUAGAAAUCAUAAAAAAAUCCACCUCUAAGGUCAUUGUGGCAUUUGCUGAUGGCACAGAUCUUGAUAUUCUAAUCAAGGAACUUCACGCUCAAAACGUGACAGGCUUGCAGUGGUUGGGCAGCGAAGGGUGGAUCACUUAUCGUUAUAUUGCCUCUGCGGUAAAUUACGCUGUUGUCCAGGGGGCUGUGGGUUUUGCAGCGCUCAAUGCUCACAUCCCUGGACUGCAGCAGUUUCUGGCAAACAGCAGACCCUCGACAGAGCCUGGAGAUCAGGGACUGGUGGAACUGUGGGAGACGGUGUUCGGUUGCACCAUGACUCCCCAAGCAGACACUUCAGGUUCAGUCAGUGGAUGCACUGGGAAAGAGUCUUUGAGGGACACAAACUCACGCUUCACAGAUGUUUCAGAUGCCAGUCUGCUGAAUAAUAUUUAUAAGGCCACAUAUGCAAUAGCACAUGCACUGCAUAUGCUAUUUGUUUGUCAAGAUGGAAAGGGACCCUUUGAAAACAACACUUGUGCUCAAAGGGGAGACGUGAAACCGUGGCAGGUCUUGCAUUACCUCACUCAGGUGAAUUUUACCACAAAAAUAGGUGAAAAUGUGUUCUUUGAUGAACUGGGUGAUCCUGUCGCACGCUACGCACUUGUGAAUUGGCAGAUGGAUGAAACAGGUUACAUACUGUUUAAGACCAUUGGUUAUUAUGAUGCCUCCCAGCCUGAGGGGCAGCAGUUUGACAUGAAUGCGGGUGCAAAAGCAAUCUGGGCAGGUGAAAAUACAGAGGUUCCCAGGUCUGUUUGCAGUGAGAGCUGUCUGCCAGGGACCCGCAGGGCUUUCGUCAAGGGCAAACCUAUCUGCUGUUUCGAUUGCAUCACAUGUGCCGAUGGAGAGUUCAGCAACAGUACAAAUGCAGUAAAAUGUGACAAAUGUCCUCCUGAGUACAAGUCCAAUGAAAAACGGACUAACUGUGACUUAAAAGCAAUAGAGUUUCUCACCUACAAAGAGCUGAUGGGCAUAUUAUUGGUCACCUUUUCUGUCUUCGGGGCCUGCCUGGCAAUGACCAUAGCCCUGAUUUUCUUCCACUACAGACAAACUCCUAUUGUAAGAGCAAAUAACUCAGAGAUGAGUUUCCUGCUGCUCUUCUCUUUAACUCUGUGCUUCCUGUGUUCUCUGACUUUCAUUGGACGUCCAUCUGAAUGGUCCUGCAUGCUCCGUCACACAGCUUUCGGCAUCACCUUCGUCCUCUGCAUCUCUUGUGUUCUUGGUAAAACUAUAGUGGUGUUAAUGGCCUUCAGGGCUACACUUCCAGGCAGUAAUGUGAUGAAAUGGUUUGGGCCUGUUCAACAGAGACUCAGUGUUGUGGCUUUUACUCUCAUACAGGUUGUUAUUUGCAUACUCUGGCUCACAAUCAACCCUCCGUUCCCUUUUAAAAACAUGAAACACUAUAAAGAAAAGAUCAUCCUGGAGUGUGCCCUGGGAUCCCCUGUAGGGUUCUGGGCUGUGUUAGGAUACAUUGGCCUCUUAGCUCUGCUGUGUUUUAUAUUAGCUUUUCUGGCUCGAAAGCUGCCUGAUAAUUUUAAUGAAGCUAAAUUCAUCACCUUCAGUAUGCUCAUAUUCUGUGCAGUCUGGAUCACCUUCAUCCCAGCUUAUGUCAGCUCUCCUGGAAAGUUCACAGUAGCAGUGGAGAUAUUUGCUAUUCUGGCUUCAAGUUACGGAAUGCUGUUUUGUAUUUUUCUGCCUAAGUGCUACAUCAUUUUAUUAAAACCUGAGCAUAACACGAAGAAACAUUUGAUGGGCAAAGUAUCCCAUAAAGGCCUUUAA